CUCGUCACUCAUCUAUCACAAUCCCCUCGACGCCAUAACAUUCCACACGAUACACAUGCUUCGCUCCCCUAAUCAUCUCGCAUCUCGUUAAUCGUCAGGAACACCACUCCUGAUCCAUCAUGGCCGUCACGCCUCGCGAGGGCUCCGGCCCCCCUCCACUACCGUCCAACAACCUCGCCGAGAUGCGAGCUCGCAUGGGCGUUUCCUCUGCAAAGCCGACACUCCUGGAGAUUGCCGCUUCAAAACCUUCGUUCAAGCUCGCCAAGAACGGCGAGUCGUCCACCUCGCACCCUUCCCUCACUCUCAAGAGGGAGUCGUUCAGUGAGAUUCCCUACGGCAUGUCCACGUCGACUGGGUCGCCGACCCGUGUUGGCCCUGCGAGGCCCUCGUCUCAGCUGUUCACGCCGUCAUCAGACUCUGGGCGGGCGACCCCAAACCAGAGUGGAACGAGAAGCUAUCCGCCCGAGCUGGACUCUUACUCUCUGGAAAAGCUGAACGCCAUGGUCAUGAGCAAUCAAGAGAAGAAGAUCAAUCUGCUCGAACAGCAGCAGAAUGGGGGCGACGACGAAGACGAUGACCCGCAGACGACAAAGCUUUUACUGCACGUACCACGUGUCUGGUGAUGGACAGUGCUAACCUACCUGCAGUGGAAUGAUUACCAAACGUCUCAACGAGCUCAAGGCCGCAAUCGCAGCCCGCUCGCAGGCGCCAUCCAGCGGCGGCAGUCGGGUGGCAACACCUAGUCACCAGCCACCACCGGCGUCAUAUCCCACCCCGAGUACAGACCCCAUCCAACGAUCAAGAUCAGACCUCCCUCCCUCCGAUCCUCCAUCUUACUCUUCCUCCGGUCCAUCCGCUGCCCGCCCUCGUACACCUGUUCGCCGGCAACCCGAGGCAGGACCAUCUCGACAUGUGUUCGUCCCCAGCUCUCCGCCCCCCGCUUUCGACGACGAAGAUAUUGCAAUGGCAGAGGCUGCCGACGAGUGGGACGAUGCGCCCCAUGAGCUGGUACCUUCGUCUACGCCGCCUCGGGCAGCGCGUCCACCCCAAUCAUCUGGAAACGUCAUCGACAGUUCGGCAGCGCUCGCCGAGUUCGACGACCUCGACAUGGCUCAGGUGUUCUCAUCACCAGAUCGCGGUCCCCCACCACGACACAUUCCAUCGUCUCCUCGUCCCGCAGAUUCUUCCCCACUACGGGGCCCGGCCCUCCCGUCUAGCCAGCAGAACAUGGCACCGACGAAAACAGUCAAGGUUGAUAUCAAGUACUCGUGGAGCGACGAAGUGCAACAAAAGUUGCGGCAGGUGUUCAAGCUUCCGUCCUUCCGGGAAAACCAGAGGGAGGCGAUCAACGAGACGCUGGCGGGCCGGGAUGUCUUCAUCUUGAUGCCGACUGGAGGUGGCAAGAGUCUCACUUAUCAGCUGCCUGCUGUCUGCUCGGGGGGCAAGACCAAGGGAGUCACCUUUGUCAUCUCGCCACUCAUCUCCCUGAUGAAUGAUCAGACGCGGCACCUUAUCAAGCUCAAUAUCCCGGCCAUUGCUUAUACUGGCGAAAUGAGUACGGCGGAUAAAAAAAUUGCCCACGACGAGCUUGGCCGAAGCAAGCCGUACACCAAGGUGGUGUACGUGACGCCAGAGAUGCUCACCAAGGGUGGGCGGAUCAAGUCUAUCAUCCGCGAUCUCAUCAGCCGCAAUCAAUUGGCACGCUUCGUCAUUGACGAAGCGCACUGUGUGAGCCAGUGGGGCCACGAUUUCCGCUCAGACUACCUGCGACUUGGCGAGCUGCGGCAAGACUACCCAACGGUGCCAAUCAUGGCGUUAACCGCCACCGCCCCGAACAAGGUGCAAGACGACAUCAUCCGUGUCCUCGGUAUCAAGGGCUGCACAAAGCUGGCACAGUCCUUCAACCGGCCCAACCUCUUCUACGAGAUCCGCCCCAAGGCGAAGAAUGUGCUCGCUGAUAUCGCGGGCUUCAUUGGGACCCAGGGCGGGGGUUCCAGUGGUAUUAUCUACUGCUCCUCCCGGGAGAAGUGUGAAGUCGUUGCCAGGGAGUUGCGUGACACGUACAAACUUCGAGCGUGGCAUUAUCAUGCCGGAAUGCCAAACGGGGAUCGCAAGAAGAUCCAGGAAGGGUGGCAAGAUCACAAGUUUGAGAUUAUUGUCGCAACGGUGGCAUUUGGUAUGGGCAUUGACAAGCCUGACGUGCGAUUCGUCAUUCACCACUCUCUUCCUCGCUCCCUGGAAGGCUACUACCAAGAGACAGGGCGAGCUGGCCGUGAUGGCCAUCCCUCCGUCUGUGUUUUGUAUUAUGCUUUCAGCGACUCAAAGUCUGCCUUCCACAUGAUCGACAAGGACAAGGACCUCGACUAUGCCCAGAAGGAGCGGCAAAAGGAGGCCAUGUGGUCAGUCAUCAGAUUCUGCGACAACCGGGCCGACUGUCGGCGCACCGCCGUUCUUGCCUUCUUCAACGAGAAGUUCAAUCCAGCGCUCUGCCGGCAGACCUGCGAUGUCUGCCUCAACUCUGAAAAAGACAAGUUGGUCCGAAGGGAUGUCACCGACGGAGCAAGGCAGGUCAUUCAGAUGAUGCAGGCCUUUGAUCGCAAAGACCGCAUCACUAUCCUCAAUGCCGCCACCUGCUUCCGCGGCGUUUCCGGGGCCGCAGCCAAGAGGCUCGAUUCGAACCAGUACUUUGGCGUUGGCAAGGACUGGACUCGUGAAGAUGCGGAGCGGCUGAUUCAAGCUGUGCUUAUGGACCGUGGUCUGUCCGAGUUCCACACAUCGAAUAAGGCUGGGUGGAGCAACUCGUAUCUAAUGCUUGGGCCCGACGCCAAGGCCUACUUGAAUGGCCACAAGAAGCUUGUGCUCGAUUUUGAGGCCGAGAAAUCAAAGGGCAACAAGAGGAAAGCUUCAGAUGCUCAGCCUCGCAAGGUUCCAAAAUCGCAAACCCUCAGCCGAACGGGCAACAAGAGCAAGCAAUUGGUCUCCUUGGAGGACGAAUUCGACAACUCGCCCUGGGGUGACACUGAUAACGACGAGGAUCCGAUCGUUGAUGGCGACGACGACGAGAUUCAGUUGAUCGACAACCCCAAGAAGUACAAGGCUUCAACUGGUGCUGCGCUCAGGGCCAGCGGGACAAACGGGGCGAGUGGGGCCAAGGAGCCAAAAGAUGUAGAGCUGGAAGAGGCCCUGCGCAAGAUUCUAGAACGUGACGAGAAGGGCGGGCAACGCAAGGUGGUCAAGACCCUGCUUGAUCGCCUGGUCAAAGAGAAGCCGCGAGACCUGGCCGCUCUGCAGAGUACAAAGGGUGUCUCGCCUGCACUGUACAAGUCUCACGGGCACGCGAUUGUUACUGCCAUCACAUCAAGGCAGUCCAAAGGAUCCGGGGAUAUAGGACAAAGGACUCUUUCCCUGACCCGAGAAAAGAAAGCUUCCUCCUCCGCUGGAGGCGCAACGAGCGCUCCCGCACGGACGGCAUUCUCACUGACCAACAUCCGCUCCUACUCUUAUGACGCGUCACAUGGUAGCGCGCACGGAGCGACCAAAGUCCUGAAUCCACCACGUUCACGAGCGUUUGGGCUUGCGAACAGUCGUCCGGCAGGACCGAGUUUUUGAAACACGAUGACGCUCUUCAAUUCAGCGGCUGUUGUCAAGCGUGCUGCGUCAGGUUCUAAAUGCCUAUGUAAUGUGUUUCCCAUUACACAACAUCAGAUGUG